CAAAACUUCAACUGAUCAACUACAACAUGAAGCAGAUGUUACAACACAAUCAAGGGCUAGGUUUGUCUUUCACAGCCUUCCCUUACCUUCCCUUCCAAUGUUCUCUAUCUCUCAUCUGUUGCUUUCUGAUAUUUAAGACUACCAAUAAAUUAUUGUUCAUAGAGGACCUCAUGUAUCUAGAUCCACUUGUAGAUGACAAAAUUGUUAUGUCUGUAGUGCUUAACUUCCUUGGUCAGUGAUGAACUUUGAGUAUUUUCCUAAUAUUUCAAGGAUUUAAAUAAGAUUCCCAACCAUCUUUCAGUAACUUAUCUGCUUUUGUCAUCACACCAUCCUUUGCAUCCUCUAGGAACUGGCCCAUCCUGCAUUAGAGAAUAUGUAGAUAUAUGCAAUAUCAAACAAGUUUGUGGAGCUUUACAAAAAAUAUUUUAAAAAAGUUUGGAAAACAAAGCACAACUAGUAUUUUACAAAUUACAACAUUUAUUUAAUGCCAGAUUUGGUCCCUCAACUCGUUGAGUUGGUCCCAUUUGGUCCUUGAACUUAUUUCAGUCCUCCAAUAAUCCUCGAUUUUUUUUUAUUCACCAAAAUGGUCAUUCUGGUUAAGGAAAUGGUAGCAUGGCACAACUUUCAAUCAAGGAAAUCAUUUUUU